AUGGCGACCAAACAUGGCCCUUUGCCGCAUCUGCGGCCAGGCGAGCUGACCCUCCUUGACUACGCGGCGGACGACUCCCGUGAUGUUGUGACUCUGUCUGAUCAAGAGGCGCUGAUCUUGCAGCUUGCCAACCAGCUUCAGGAACAACAGCUUGAAAAGGCAUUACUGGAAUCAGUCCCUGAACCCGAAACAAGUCCGCCCUCAAGCGACGAACUCGACAAAGAGCUCGCGAUCGCGGAACGCGAGUUCUUAGAGGCGCGCGCCACCUACACAGUCAGAAGGAAAGCGGCUCGUACGAUCCUCAUGACCGAUCCCAUCCUGAAAGCAGUUCACCUGAAAGCGACCACCCCUCCUGAACGAGCGCUCCUCCGUCUGGUAAAUCGACGCGAUGUGCUCGCGCUAGCACACGAGAAUCUAGCCUCGGCACAUGACCAGGUGUUGAAACAGCUCUCCGGCCUCGAGGUCGAGAAUCUACAGAUCAACCAGGAAAACCGCGAACUGGUACAACAGCUUCUCGAGCUCACCAAGCAGGAUUCUUCGUGGCGAGAGGAGCUCAAAGACGCAAAACUCUUAUCGCAGCUGGAUCAGCUGGAGGCCGAUUUCAAGACCAGCAAAGCUAAAUGGGAAACCGUGAAGAGCAUUGCCAGUGCGAUGGUUGUCGCCAGCGGCUUGAACUGGGCCGACGAUGACAAGCUCCAGGCUUUGGUUUUAGAUGAAAGCGAUGACUGA